UGAGAUGGCGGUAUGAUAAUUAUUGCUACCGGUGAGCGAAGAAUCAGGGAAGCGCGAGGAAGUUUAUUUUUCUGAUACAAAGAGAGCGGCAUCGUGGAUCGAUAUAAAAAAAGAGGGAAAAACUGAGAAAAUAGUUAAUAUUUUUUUUUUUUUUAGAAUGAAGUACAUUGUGAUUUAAGAUCGUAGGUCACGUGCUCCUCCGUGUUUGUCUUUCACGAGACAGGUGUUGAUAUCAAACAGAAAACGGGUCGCUCGCGCACACCGUGGAACAAAAUGUCAGCAUUGAGGCGAGAAAACAAGCUAGUAAUAGGUGUAUAAGUGUUUUGUAAAGCUGUUAGAGGUUCGCGAGGUGGCUGAGGUGAUGGAGACCGAGUCGGUGAGGAUGGAGUCGAGUGUGUGGCUCGGUAAUAAACGGCAGCGCGCGCUGCUCAGCGGGUGGCGCUUCAGCUGGACCGAGCUGGACAAGAAGAACCGAGACAAAACCACCGUUUCAGUGCCUGUCUCUGAGGUGGUUGCAGUACAGGAAGGUCAGGUGGAGAUCCUGCCACAGAAGAAAGUGAAGGACACCGAACGAGACUUCACGUUGUUCUAUGUAAAGCGCAGUAAGACCAAUGGUGGAAAAGGGCCACUGUGGAGCCUGGGCAGGUCCCAGUUCUCUUGCCCCAGUCGUGACCUCAGGGAUCAGUGGGUGACCCAACUCCGAAUUGCACUUAAAACCCACUGUCCCUCUCGCCCACACAGGUUGUUGGUGUUCAUUAACCCCUACGGAGGGAAGAAAAAAGCGCAGCAGAUCUAUCACUCCUCGGUGGCGCCUCUAUUCGAGCUGGCCGGCAUCAGCUCUCACGUUGUGGUGACCGAAAGAGCCAAUCAGGCGAGAGACCAUAUCCUGAAGAAAGAUCUGAUCGGGUUUGACGGUGUGAUUUGUGUUGGUGGAGACGGGAUGUUCAGCGAGCUGUUGCAUGGCGUGAUUGGAAGAACCCAGCAGGAAGCGGGGAUUUCAGAACAUGACCCGUCCGUGAUGCUGCAGCCGUGUGACCUUCACAUCGGCAUCAUACCAGCAGGCUCGACAGAUUGCGUGUGUUUUGCGACAGUAGGUGUAAACGACCCAGUUACGUCAGCACUGCACAUCGUCAUCGGAGACUCUCAGCCUCUGGACGUCUGUUCUGUCCAUCAUCAUUCCACACUGGCACGUUACUCCGUCUCGCUGGUGGGCUACGGUUUCUAUGGUGACGUGCUGGCUGAAAGCGAGAGGCACCGCUGGAUGGGACCUCUCAGAUACGACUACUCCGGUUGUUUAGUGUACCUGUGCAACAGGAGCUACCAGGGAAUAGUGCAGUAUCUACCUGUGGACUCCCAAAUCACCAGCCCCAGAGACAACAGUCGCUGCCUCUCAGGGUGCAAAGUGUGCUCGGAGAGCACCGAGAGGCUGUUCCCUCGCUCGGAGAGCUGCAGCUCUUUGUACAGCAGGCAACUCAGCCAGUACAGCAUCGAGUCACAGGGCGAGUGGGUAAGCGUCGAGGGCAGAUUCAGGUGCGUGUACCUCACCUGCAUGUCCAGCUCGUGCCCACGGAGCCCCAAAGGUCUCUCUCCUUCUGCACACCUGGCCGACGGGACCGGGGACCUCGUCCUGGUCAGGAACACCAAUCCCCUGGGCUUCCUCACGUACCUGCACAGGCACACCACCACGCAGGAUCAGUUUGACCUGCCGUUCGUCGAAGUGCACCGCGUCAGGGCAGUGCGCUUUUCCUUUUCUCCCGGUGAGGAGGAGGAGGAGGACGACGACGAAGACCACCUAAAAGAUAGCCAUAACAUCACAUCGGACGCACUCAGCGAUCCCGAGACGGCGCGUGAAGGAGACGAGUCCGGCAGGCUCGGCUCCCAGCGAUGCCUCGCAGGAAAGCAAAGGGAUCAGGGAAUAAAGGAGGACGGAAGGAAGAAGAGAGGUUAUCUGUGUGGGCUGUGCUCUAAUAAGCAGUCUGCCGCGUCCGUGUGGAACUGCGACGGAGAGAUUCUGCCGUACAACGAGAUCUCCUGCAGAGUACACGGUCAGCUGGUACGUUUGUUUGCCAGAGGCAUCGAGGAGGAUGCAGGCUCCGGGAAAUACCGUGAGGGAAACAGGAAUUGCAAAGGGAGAUGUUUUAUACACAGUUAAUAUUAACCAGAGAAACGUUUUAAGCUAAGAAUAAAUAACGAAUUAACCAA